AUCACAUCUAGAUUACUUCUAAUCUGCCUUUUUGACUGAUACAACUCAAUUCUGCAAUCACAGCGCGAAAAUGCCAUUUUCGUAUAAGAAAGUCCUUGUGCUGGGUGCGACGUCGGGCAUUGGAGAAGCAUUGGCGGAGCGUUUCAUUAGCGAAGGCUCCUUUCUGAUUGUUACCGGCAGAAGGAAGGAAAGACUGGACGUGUUUGUCGAAAAACAUGGCAAGAACAAAUCGGAAGGCAGGACCUUUGAUAUCACCAAGUUGGACAGCAUACCAUCAUUUGUCGCAAGCGUGACCAAAGACCACCCUGACAUAGAUUGCGUCUUCCUCAAUUCCGGAAUUCAGCGCGGAUUCGACUUCUCUAAGCCGGAAAGCGUCGAUCUUGGACUCGUUGAACUCGAAUUUCUGACAAACUACCUGUCUUAUAUCCAUUUCGUAAAGGCAAUCCUUCCCUUCCUCCAAUCGAAGAAAUCGGAGUCUGGAUUGAUUUUUACCACCUCGAGCCUGGCACUUGUGCCACUAACUAGGUGCCCAAACUAUUGCGCCACCAAAGCAGCCCUCCAUCAAUUUAUCAUGGCAUUGCGCAAGCAGAUACAAUCAUCCCCUAUAAAGGUGAUAGAGGUUUUCCCACCGGCUGUGCAAACGGAAUUGCAUGACAAGGAGCACCAGCCCGACAUUGAAAACGGAAGGCAGAUGGGUAUGCCGAUUGAUCAGUUCGUCGAAGAGACCUAUGCGGGCUUGGCUGCAGGAAAGGAACAGAUCCCUGUUGGACCUGCUAAGGACGUGUUUGAAGCAUUCGAGAAAAAGCGACAAGAGCUGUACAAAGCUUAGACCGUUGGAAUUGAGCUGAUUCUCCUCCAAGGUUGCUCCCUUCCUAGGGGGCCGAGAAGGAGCGGUACCAGAACACGAGCUUCGG